UCAGCGACUUAUAGCUGGACUGCGGUGGGCAUUCUGACACUGGGUGGAACUGAUUUGGUGUCACUGACAUCCCCAGUGACACCAAUACAGUGAUCAGUGCUAAUAACAAGCACUGACAUGGUACUAAUGGCACUUGGCAGGAAGGGGUUAACAUGUGGGGCGAUCAGAGGGUUAGCUGUGUGCUGUGUGUGUAUUUCACUAUAAGCACUCUGAUUUGUAUGGCUGUGCUAUGCAGAGCCAUACAAAGCAGUGUGCAGGAGCUGACAGAAGAGAUUUGUAUUGUUUACAUACAGGUCUCUCCCCCAUUGGAAAUCGCUGGGUGCUGGUGGGAAAUUACCAGCUGGAACCCAGUGAUUGGC